UCCGCCUCACACGACUGCCCUUUCAGCAGGCUGCUGGAUCUUCAUCUCCACAGACCAGCGUGUGAGCUUGUGGCUUGGUGAAGUUGCUCCGGUUGCCAGCAGUGACUGAGAGGGAGACGGGGAGAGGGACAGGGACUUCCCCUGCUUCAGCUCUCGGAGACGUUCGUAUCGACUCAGAGGGAUCAUUCUGACUGCUGAGAAACAGAGAGCACCACAGACGGACAGACAGACACCAUGAUGAGAGUUCCACAACUGCUUCUGCUGGCCCUGGCUGUGCACCUUUCUACCACAGCUCCCAGAUUUAUCAGGGAAGCCCCAGAGGUUGCAAUACCAGAAGAGUUUGCACAUGUUGCACCAGAGGAAGUGGUUGACGCUGAGGAACCUGCCCCAAAGGAAGUGUAUUCUGAAGAACCUGAUCCUGUUGCACCCGAGGAACCUGCUGCAGUAGAACCUGUUCCUGUUGAAGCUGAAGAACCAGCUCCAGAGGAACCUGCUGCAGAAGAACCUUCUGUAGUAGAACCUGCUCCUGUUAAACCUGAGGAACCUGCUGCAGAAGAACCUGCUCCAGUAGAACCUGCUGCAGUAGAACCUGCUGCUGUAGAACCUGCUGCAGUACAACCUGCUCCUCUUGCAGCAGAGCAACCAGCUCCAGAGGAACCUGCGGCAGAAGAACCUGCUGCAGAAGAACCUGCUGCGGUAGAACCUGCUCCUGUAAUACCCGAAGACCCAGGUCAAAAAGAAUCUGCUCCAGAAGAACCUGCUGCAGUAGAACCUGCUCCUGUUGCAGCAGUGGAAACAGCUCCAGAGGAAGCAGCUCCAGAGGAACCUGCUGCAGAAGAGCCUGCUGCAGUAGAACCUGCUCCUGUUAUACAAGAGGAACCAGCUCCAGAGGUACCAGCUCCAGAAGAACCUGCUGUUGUAGAACCUGCUCCAGAAGAACCUUUUGCAGUAGAACCUGUUCCUGUUGCACCUGAGGAACCAGCUCCAGAGGAACCUGCUGCAGUAGAACCUGUUCCUGUUACACCAGAGGAACCUGCUCCAGAAGAACCUGCACCAAAAGAACUCGCUGCAGUAGAACAUGCUCCCGUUAUACCUGAGGAACCAGCUCCAGAGGGACCUUCUCCAGAAGAACCUGCUCCUGUUGCAGCAGAGGAAAUGGCUCCAGAGCAACCAGAUCCAGAGGAACCUGCUGCAGAAGAACCUGCUGCAGUAGAACCUGCUCCUGUUAUACCUGAGGAACCAGCUCCAGAGGAACCUUCUGCAGUAGAACCUGUUCCUGUUGCACCUGAGGAGCCAGCUCCAGAGGAAUCUCCUGCAGUAGAACCUGUUCCUGUUAUACCUGAGGAACCAGCUCCAGAGGAACCAGCUCCAGAGGAACCUUCUGCAGAAGAACCUGCUGCAGUUGAACCUGCUCCUGUUAUACCUGAGGAACCAGCUCCAGAGGAACCUUCUGCAGUAGAACCUGUUCCUGUUGCACCUGAGGAGCCAGCUCCAGAGGAAUCUCCUGCAGUAGAACCUGUUCCUGUUGCACCUGAGGAACCAGCUCCAGAGGAUCCUGCCGCAGUAGAACCCGUUCCUGUUGCAUCUGAGGAACCAGCUCCAGAGGAGGCUGCUCCAGAAGAACCUGCACCGGAAGAACCUGCUGCAGUAGAACCUGUUCCUGUUGCACCUCAGGAACCAGCUCCAGAGGAACCAGGUUCUGAAGAAUCUGAUGCAGUGGAACCUGAUACUAUUGUACCUGAGGAAGAAGAACAUUCUUCAGAGGGAGUUGUUCCAGAGGAACCAGCUCCAGAGGAACUUGUUCCAAUUGGCCCUGUUGACAUGGCUACUGAGGCCCCAACUGAGCUUACAAUUCCAGACGUUCCUGAGCCAGAAGAGGAGGAGCCUGCGGCCCCAACAGAGAGCCCAGUCGAACCUGAGGUCCCAACAGAGAGCCCAGUCGAACCUGAGGUCCCAACAGAGAGCCCAGUCGAACCUGAGGCUCCAGAUUGUCACUGCCCCGAGGUGGAGGCCGCCCCGGCAGCUCCUGCUGCCACAAAGGCUGCAGAAAAGGUCACAGAGGGUAUGGGAGCCACAGCCAUACUGAUGGAACAGGAAGCCACCGGUGUGAGCAGAGGCCUGGUGCUAGGCGCAGCAUUUCUCUCCCUGUUGUCUCUUAUCGCUGUUGGAUCAGUAGGCAGUGCUGUGUCCAGAAAGAUGCGUUGAAAUCAGUUGUUGAAGUAACUAGUAUUUGGCCAUGGAAAGACUGUCUGGAUGUGCUGGAAAAUGCAGUAUCAACUUCACUGGACUGAACUUUUUAAAAAGUCAACUGGAAGCACAAACUCCCACAAUCCAGAUAUUAGAUCCAAGAGUUUGAACUGCCAAGAAAAGGGUAAUUACCCAAACACCCACCCCAAGGGUGGAAAAUGAAUGUAUAUAAAUAGGUGAAAUGUAUUCUAGUGUGUCCUGACCCAAUACCAGUUCAAGAACUAAAUGUGACGCUAAGGCCCAAGGUACUUGUGAACUAGUUAUAAGACAGAAUGACCACCCACUGUCAGCGUGUGAGUAUGUAGUUAUUUAUAAACUGGAAUGGAAUUAAAUAUAUCGAAGGUGGGGAAUAUGGUUUCUUUGCAUUUGUGGUGGCAUGAAUAUUGCAAAUAUUCAUAUAAAAGUGUAAUCUAUGUUUUUUUACUUGAUUAUUAUACUCAAUAUUGAACUUGAAUACAGCAGAUCUAAAUAUGUUUGACUCAAAUAUUAAACACAAACAAAAGAUCUAUUUGUUUUGGUGUUCA